UGAACAGAUAGGCUGCACCAAAAAAAAUAUGUUAGUUUAUCUAUUAAAGACAUACGGGAUUAAUUCUUUUCUUCAACAGCAAGCAUGGCCUGUUAUGGGCGCAUUAUCAGCGGCAGUGACGGCAGCCAGUUUUGGAUUAUUAAUGGUGUAUAAUAAGGACAAAGGGAUACAUGCUAUUACAAAUAAAGCGUCCUGUCGAAAACAAAAGAUUGACAUACAAAACCUUAAAAGGUGGAGGAAAUAUUACUAUCGGAUCCUUAUUGAAACUGUACAAGAGGUGUCCCGGCUGGUUAUUCUCCAUGAAGAAGCGGAAGAUGGAAACGCGAUGCCGGAUUUGGCUCAACCUGUACGAGUUGUCAAGCUGGCCGUUGAUAACCUAGUCAGAGUUGGCUAUGACACGAUUAACAGCAGUGAAGACCACAUUUUAAAACAAGACAUGCCGCCUGCGCUUGUCAGAGUCGAAGAGUCGUCCAUGUUUUUAAUACAAGCUUCUGACCUCCUAAGAUCUGACCCUUUCUCAGGGCCUGCCAGAAAAAAACUUAUUGAAGGGUCAAGAGGUAUUUUACAGGGCACGUCUGCAUUACUUUUAGCAUUUGAUGAAUCUGAAGUGAGAAAGAUUAUUCGUGUUUGUAAGAAUGUUCUUGAGUACUUGGCAAUAACUGAAGUUGUAGAUAGGAUGGAGGAUCUUGUAACGUUUGUAAAGAAUUUGAGCCCUGUCCUAACAAAGAUGACGAAGGAGGUGGACAACCGCGAGAAGGAGCUGACCCACCAGGUGCACCGCGACAUGCUGAUCCGGUCGCUGGAGCAGGUGAAGAACUACACGCCGGUGCUGAUCAGUGGCGUCAAGAUCUACAUCACUGCCAAGCAGGCCGGCGGCCAGGCCAUCGUCGACGCGCAGAGCAACCGUGACUACAUUGUGCGCAAGAUGUCGGACGAGAUCCACGAGAUCAUCCGCGUGCUGCAGCUGACGGUGUACGACGAGGAGGAGUGGGACGCUGAUGACCUCACUGUCAUGAAGAAAUGCCAGAACACCAUGGAAGGCAAAAUGCAGCAAGCCCAGGACUGGCUAGCCGACACGUCUGCUUUGAUAGGAAGUGCAGGUGACAAAGCGUUGCGGCAGGUGAUAGAGGAUGCUAAGAAGAUUGGUGAGAGGUGUUCCAAUCCGGGGGAGAGAGACGCUAUCCUGAAGAAAGUGGGAGAUGUUGAGUCAAUGGUGAACGCUCUGUCGGAACUUCGAUCCCAGGGAAAGGGUAACAGCCCUCAGGCCAUGUCGUUGGCGCGUGAGAUUCAAGGCAAACUGCGCGAGUUGAAGACCAUGACCCAGAACGCCAUCAUGAACACGGAACGUAGUGGAAUUCGCAAACCUGCACCCACCGUGGAGGGAAAGGUGGAACAGGCGCGGCAGUGGCUGGCCAACCCAGGACUAGACGACAAGGGGCUUGGCGAGACGGCAACUCGUAUGGUGGUUGCCGAGGGUCGCCGGGUGGCACAAAACUGUCAGGGCCCGGCCAGGCAGGAACUGCUUCGUCUGUGUGAUGAGACGGAAAUUCAGACCAAUCAGCUGGCAGAUCUCUGCAAGCGAGGACAGGGUAACACACCUCAAGCGAAGGCCGUUGCUCGUCACCUCUCAGAAAAGAUUGAUGCUCUUAAGAUGAAGAUUGAAGAGGCUCUAGUCAGCCAGGUGGCAGAUGACUUCCUAGAUGUUUCAACACCUUUGAAGCAGUUGAGUGAAGCAGCAGUUGUCCCCCUUGGCACUCCUGGUCGGGAGGCGAACUUCACUGAGAAGUGCAGGAAUUUUGCCGCCCAUGCUGCCAACGUGGCUGACACAGCAAAUCUAGUGGCAACGGCCGGAGGUUGUCGCAACAAGAAGACUGUACAGGCCAUAUUCUCCAACUCUGCACAGGUAAAUGAUCUGACGCCACAACUGGUGCACGCUGCGAAAGUCGUCUUCAGUAACCCGAAUAACCCAGCAGCCCUGGAGCACUUCGACCUGCUCAAAAAACACUGGACGGACAACAUCGAGAGGCUGCGCAAUCUGGUGGAUGAAGCGGUCGACUCCUCUGCACUAAUACGAGCCGAGGAAGAGGGAAUAAUACGAGACACUGAGAAGAUUGAAAACGGAAUUCGUAUGAAUGACUCGCCACAGAUAGUUACAAAUGCGUCGAACAUCGCGCGCCGGGCAAACCGAGUGCUGCAAGUGGCCCACAAUGAGGCUGAUAACAGUGAAGAUCCGCAAUUUGUCGACCGUGUUAACAGUGCAUCAGAAAAUCUUAAAGCCACGAUUACUCCAAUGGUCCAGAACGCCAAGGCUGUCUCGAUGAACCCACGAGAUUCCAACGCUGGUACCAACUGGAGGAAGGCCAAUCAGUCGCUGAUAACUGCCGUUGGUGGAGUGAGAACUGCUGUCACCGUCCAAGCGAAGGAUAGUUACUACGGCCAGGGGGAUCGCUUCCCGGAACCUCCCGACAUGAGGCAGCUCCACAUCUCAGCACCGCUGUGUUUUGCCGACUGUGUGCCAGUGCAUCACGAAUCCCCGAUUCACGAGAUUAGCAGCGUCUACCACGCGCAGCCACACCAAGUGCUGUGUUCGCCGUACACGCUAGUCGUGGAUAGCGAUGUUGGUAGAUCAGUGUUAGCCAGAGUUCCAGAUGAGUACAGCGCCAACGGCCCCAUGUGCAACCAACAAGAAGCAUCUCUGCGGCAGGACCACUUCACAGACCAGCAGCACUGUGCACCACCCAUCCCCCCUCCACCAGUGCCCCCACCCCCCCAGGAUCCGUUCAGCUAUUAUUCCUAUGGCGGACGAGAAGGAGCUCCUCCACGACCUCCCCUCCCCCACGAGAUGGCUCCGCCCCGUCCUCCACCACCAGAGACGGACGAUGAGGAUGAUUUCCCAAUACCACAGGCCAACCAACCAAUCAUGAUGGCAGCCCAUGCACUGCACAUGGAGGCGAAGCAGUGGUCGAGUAAAGACAACGAGAUUAUUUCCGCCGCUAAGAGAAUGGCCUUGUUGAUGGCCAAACUCAGCCAGCUAGUCAGGGGUGAAGGUGGCACUAAGAAGGAUCUGAUUGCUACGGCUAAAGCAAUUGCCGAGUCAUCGGAGGAAGUCACUCGACUCGCCAAGAAACUCGCUUCAGACUGUACAGACAAGAAGAUGAGAACAAACCUGCUCCAAGUUUGUGAACGAAUCCCAACAAUCGGCACUCAACUUAAGAUUCUGUCUACGGUGAAGGCCACUAUGCUGGGAGCACAAGAACCCGUGCCGAGCCCAGACGGAAGUGAAAUAGCGUGUGGGUCUGAAGAGGACCAAGAGGCCACAGAGAUGCUGGUCGGUAAUGCACAAAAUCUGAUGCAGGCCGUGAAGGAGACGGUCCGCGCGGCUGAGGCGGCGUCCAUCAAGAUCCGCAUCGACGCAGGCUACACAAUACGCUGGAUGAGGAAGAGGCCGUGGUACACAUAGUGGCGCAGUCCUCGGAAGGGUUAUCUCCCUCGUGGGGAGUUGUUUUACUUGCAAGGAGUGAUCUUCCUUGCAGAGAGUUGUCUCCCUUGUGGGGAGUUGUCUCCCUUGUGGGGAGUUGUCUCCCAUGCAGAGUGAUCUCCUUUUGCAGAAAAUUGUCUCCCUUGUGAGGUGUGAUCUCCCUUGCAAGGAGUUGUCUCCCUUGCUUGUAUUGUAUACUCUUUUAUUAGAGAGAGUAAUCUCCAUCUCUCAUGCUGGGAGGGUAUACUCUAUUUUUAAUUAGGGAGAGUUGUCUCCCAAGCUGGGAGAGUAUACUCCAUUUGUAUUAAGUGCCUACAGCAUAGUCCGUGUAUCGUAUGGUGAUGUAUGGGAAUGUAUCGUGAUCUCCAGACAAAAUCUUGGCCCGUGGUGCCAAGAGCUCAUUUUGUUGUCCAGUACAAAGAAACUCCAAAAUGCAUAAAAAAAAAAAAAAUGAAUGUUGGCUUCGUGAUAAUAAAACUGACCCAUCUAGACUUAAAUCAAUAUGACUUAUCUGGGAAUUGGAGAGUAAUCUGGGAAUUGGCAGUGGGUGAUUUGUGAAUUGAUUGGUGAUUUGCAAAUUGGCAGUGGGUGAUUUGUGAAUUGAUUGGUGAUUUGCAAAUUGGCAGUGGGUGAUUUGGGAAUUAGUAGUGGAUGAGCUGGGAAUUGGUGGGUGGUAUAACUGAAAUGAAAUCAACAGUCUAUACAUGCUAAGUCUCUGGGUCUCUAAAUUUUUCUUAAAGAUCCUUGGGACUCAUGAUGAUUUUCAAUGUGGAUCUGUCUCUAGUCUAGACAUCAGUUUUAUUAUCAGUGGCCCAUGUUGUUUCAUUGCAAUUCUUUGUGCAUUUAUUUCUAAACUAGUUGUUACAACUUACACGGUUUUUGUUUUAUUCAAACACUUACAUCUUAACUAGUAAUUCAGAUCAUGUGGUUUUAAUUAUGCCAAAGAUAAUUUAUAUAAAGACUUGAAAUUAUUGUAUGCAGUUGACCGUGAAUGUUGGGCCAGUUGUUAACUUUGUUGAGAUUUUAUUAAUAAAUUUUACAUUUUAAAAUAGUAAGAAUUUUUAGCACAAUCCAUAAUGCUUAAAUGUAAGCAGAAAGAUUUUAAAUAUAUCAUAAAUAUUAAAUUAGUGAGAAUUUGUGAAAUAUGGUGUUGGAGACCCAAUUUGAUUUAACAAAUGCUGUGAAACAUCUGGAGUUUAUAAGUUCACUGACCUUCAGAAAAGUUCAUUUUGGAACUUUUUUUUAAAUGCAUAAUUUGAGGGUAAAAGUUGCAUAAAAAGAGCUUUACCCAUCUCUGUAUAAUGUCUCACAGUUAGAAUCAACAAUUAGUCUGUCCUUAUUGUGACGGAGUUAUCAAAACAUUGUUUUUAUCAGUCUACUACUGACCACGCUCUUUCAUUUUUACAUUUUUAGUGCAUUACAACAUAGCACACAUUUUUACUGCUGAAUUCAUCAUUUUACAAACACAUUUUUAAGAACAUUUUGCAUCUUCCUAGGUGAUGUUUUGGCACUGUGUAUUUUAAAAUAAAGUAAUUUUAACAAAUUUUAUCUGGAAUGAUAGUCCACUUCGCUAAAAUGAAAAAUAUUUUGUUUUGUACAAAAGAGAAAUACAAAAUUGGUAUUUAAAAAAUAAUUAUGAAUUUCAAAUAUUAAUUUAUAAUUGUAUAAUAUUACCCUGCUGUUAAGUGGUGAUGGCAGAUUUAAUUGAAAGAAAGAUUCAAAUUUUUGGCUGAAGAAUAGUAUAUCAAGAUUGGAUAAAUGGAUUAUUAACAAUUUUACAUGUUUGAGCAGUGAUUCUUGUAGCUAAUUAUCAUUUCAGACUUGUGCAGUUGUAAAGCAACACUUAUAAAAUCAUAUUUGUACUGAAUGAGGAACAGUGUUUCUUAAUCAAGUGAUCAUAGCAUUGUACAUGAACAAAAUCAGAAUCUAGUGGAAGUAAAAAAAACUUAUUAUGUUGAUCAUGAUUGUAAUAAUACCAUACAGCCACAUUCAGCUGUAUAUUGCUAGCUCACACAUUUAUUAUGCACAAAAGAACUAGGCUAUAAUUAUCCCAUAAAAUUGCUUCUCAUUUAAAGUUUGAAGGCUUCUUAACUGCACACUGAAAAUAAUUUCCCCUCGUCUAUUUUGCCCCCCAAUGUUCUAUUAUCUGUACAUAAUGAAAACAUUUGGAUUAAGUACAGUAUCGAUAUGUGCCAAGUGUGAUGUUAUAUAUGACUAAGGAAAUACACAUCGAUUAAAAUGGUGCUAGUUUUGAAACUGUUUUGUUUGGAACAUUUUUAAACAUCCUAUUUGUGCUUUGUUACCUCUGUUGCUGUUAUGACCUGAAAUGAAUGCCGUAUUUUUAGUUUUAGUACCCUGCCGAGAUGCAUUAAAAUAUAUUUUACAAAACCAGUUUUAUUGUUUUUAGAAUUUUUCAUUUCAUUGACAUUAUAUUACUUGCAGUAUGAUUUUUUAAAGUUAUUAUUACCUCUAUUGGUUCCAACGUUUGAUGAAGCAAUUGUUUUAGAAAAUGCCCAUUUUAUUUCAUCAUUAUCGGAUUCUCUGGGGGGGGUUUUCUUGUUGCUUUGAUUUUCAAGUUUUUCAAGUUUUACAAAAGGGAUGUGAAGUAUGUUUAGAGCAUGGUUUAAUUACCAUGUUUGUUGCUAAAUUAGGUUUACUUUUAGGUUUGUUUUUGUUUCAUUUCAUAGUUAACUUGUUUUUAAAUAUGUUGGCAUUGAUUUUUUUUUUUAAAUAAUAAAAUCAUGAAAAUGUUAUUUUAAAUUGUACGUUAUUUUAUGACGUAGCAAAAUAUACGGUGUUCAUAAUAUGUGUUAACUUUAUUUACUAUUAAUAUUGUAUUUUUACUAUAGUAAUUUCUCUGUGGUUUUAACUGUAUUAGUGAAAUUGUAGUAACUUAUAUAUAUGUACCUGUAUGUAGAAGUAUCAAAUCUAUGUAUUGAAUGCAUUUUUAAUUGUAGACUGCAUGCACAUAUUUAUUAUUUUAUCAUUUUUUUUCAAUAAACUGUGAUUUUCAUA